GCUGCUCACAGUUUCAUAUUUCAUAUUCCAUCAGUCGUGUGCCCUCCAAACGAAAAUGGCGGUCAAAAAGUGGUCACCACGCAACACGUCCUCAAUGUCGAGAACCGCUUCAGCGAACAUCAUUAUUGCUGUGCUGAAGGCACUAGGCUAUUGGCAAUGGACAAGAGACCCACACCAACCAUACAUCGAAAAAGUCGAACGUGCAUACCGCAUUGUGCUGCACACAACGUUACCAUUCACUUUCAUUGCGUUAAUGUUGACGGGUGUGUUAUUAUCGCGGGAUCUCGAUGAGAUCGGCAGUAUACUACACGUAUUGCUAACCGAAUUCUCCUUGAUCGUAAAGACAUUGCAUAUUUGGCGAAAAGGUGGCGUAGCCUGGCGCUUUAUGCACGAAGUGGCCAACGAUCCCAUAUACGAUUUGCGCCAACAAUCCGAGUGGACCAAAUGGCAGCAGGCCCAGCGUUCGUUUGCCAUCGUUUCGAACACAUAUUUUGUGGCCGCGACCACCGUUGUCGUGUUCGCUUGCAUCGGUGCCAUGAUGACACCAGCCGAUGUCUAUGUUUUGCCAAUGAACAUUUAUGUGCCCUUCGAUUGGCAUCAUCCGCGUAGGUAUUGGUAUGCAUGGACCUAUAACACCAUUGCCUCAUUGAUGACAGCCACCGCCAAUGCUAUGUUGGACUUGGUAAACUGCUACUUUAUGUUUCAUCUGUCAUUGUUGUACAAAUUGAUUGGUUGGCGUCUGAGCGCUUUACGGCGAAGUGCAAACGAACCACCAGUGAUUGAGCAAAUGUCCGAGAUCUUUCAAAUGCAUAUGAAAGUAAGAAGAUUGACGACUGAGUGCGAGACUUUGGUAUCUAUUCCGGUUUUUUCGCAAAUUAUUCUCAGCUCUUUCAUACUCUGCUUUUGUGGCUAUCGGCUGCAGCAAAUGGAGAUCAUGGAAAAUCUUAGCAUGCUUUUUAGUACAGUUGAAUUCGCCACAGUGAUGGCUGUGCAAAUCUUUUUGCCCUGCUACUUUGGCAAUAAGGUAACCGAGUCCUCAGAUGCUUUGACAGAUGAGAUCUUCAACUCGGAUUGGACAACAUUUGAUGUGCCGACGCGCAGAUUUAUGAUUUUAUAUAUGGAACUUUUGAAAAAGCCAGCUAAUUUGAUGUCUGUCAACUAUUUUAUAAUUGGCGUGGAUAUUUUUGCAAAGACCAUGAAGAAUGCCUACAGCAUUUUUGCGUUAGUCCUCAACAUGAAUAAUUAAAGGAAGUAGGUAUACCCGUGUUCGUUAAGUGUAAUUACUUCGAAAUGUCGAAAUCUUCUAUUUCUCUUUAACUCCGCCUACAAAUCUGAUAAACUGAAAAUAACAUUAACUCUUUAUUGAAGAGAAUUUUUUUUUCAAUUACUAUAGUAUAAUUCAAACAGUUAAUAGAUAACUGUUUAUUAAUAAAUAAACUAGUGCACUGAGACUUCAUAGAACACUUCAA